ACUUGCACCGGUAAUAAAAAGCGCUUAAAUACAGCAUUGAACGUCCUUGGUUGUAUUCUGGUGGGAUUGUACCGUAUUAGUUUCACACAGCUGAUAUAUCUUGAUGGAGUAUGACCCGGCUUCACCAACGGAUGAGUUAGAGGAUUGUUCUCCGUCGCUUGAUUUAUCAGCUAUUCCACUACCAAGGCCAAUUAAUGCUCCUAUACCAAAGAGUGUCAGUGAUGUAUGUAAUAUUCCACUACCGCCGGCUGCCAAGAUAGAAGCUUCUGACAUUCCCUUACCAAACCUCAAUCUAACAGUUGAAAAUGUAGAAGAUAAAGGACCGCCGUUUUAUCCUCGUUUGUCUUAUCUCCCAAAGUCUGACACAAUGGAGUCUUUAGGACCUCUUAAAUUUAGUAUGCGAAAGUCUACCAAGUCUUUACCAGGUUCAGAUGUGCCUACAGAAUCAUCCGGGGUUUUCGAGUCAUCUAAGGAUGUGAAAGUUGAGGAGCCUAAAGCCAUGCCUAAACUCCAAGCGAUGAUGAAAAGGUCAAAGCCUUCUCAACUUCCUGUCGGUGUCUUACCUGCAAAAAACAAAUUGCCUGCUACUGAGGUCAAGACCGAUUUAUUUCUACCAACUAAAGAAAGUGAGACUUUAAGUUCUACUUCAGAUCACACCAAAGGUUUACUGUCUCAUCCUCAUUCUGUUCCAUCUUCUGAAUCCAGUGAUCUUCAGUCUACUAGUUCUAUGAUCAGUUCCGGACAACUGAUCCUAUCCGGUACAGUUGACAAGUCUAUGGUACUUAGUAAUAACAUUGCGAAUAAAGCACAUAUUCCUGGAACAAAUUUACCAUUGAAAGCCUCUCCAAUACCAAAUUUAAUGAGUUUAAAUAUCCAACCGCUUCACCACUCUGUACCGAUCGUUGCCACUCGAAAUUUGAUCCAUGCUCAUGCAACUGAUCCCACUCUUGUUCAGGCGUCGAUACCCCCAACUGCUGGAAUGCAGUUUGUUAACCCCCAAAAGUUUAGAUCUGCACAGAUGAUUGCUACUCCGUUGAUAGCUAAUCCGGCCGUUGCGAACCAGUCUCAACAGAAUGAGGAGACGCCGAAGAGUAAAAAUGGUCGUCGUCGAUCAAGAUCACAUUCCCACAAGUAUCCUAGGUCACACAGACGGUCUCGUUCUAGAAGGUCUAGUGGAAAUCGACACUCACGACGUCGUCACUCAUCUAGCUCAUCGAAUUCAGUGCACCGCUCUAGCCGUGCUCGCCACAGAUCGCGGUCAUAUCAGAACUCUAAAGAGCGUCACCGUUCAUCUACUGAUCACGGUCACCUUAAAGGUAGUAGGAAACGCAGUAUUGAUCACAAAAGAAAAUUAGAAGCUGCUGAAAGUAUAGGAAAACGGGACUCAGACAGAAAAAAGUUCCCUACUUCUCAGAAAAAACUAGACCACAAAAAUUCACACUUGGAAGAGACAAAGAGAUCUUAUCAUCGCUCAGGCACUCCAGAAAAAAAAAAGAAAGUGUGUGACAAAACUGAACGAUCAUCGUAUGUUAAAAAAAGCAAGACUAGCACAAAAAGUGCAGUUGCUCGACCCAUCGUCAAGAGCCUUACAGAAAAGGUAAAUUCUGAUGUUAAGCGGGAAUCUGAUAAUGUGCAAUACGUUCAGACGCAGAAAUUGACUUCACGUAUUACUGGUACACUCGAAGAUGUUUACCGUAAGACCCAUCCAAAACUGGGUUACAGACAAUCAUCAGAACAAACUGAUAGUGAUGAUCCCUCGAAUAGUAGCUCUAAUUCAUCAUCAAACAGCGAAAAUCGGUCUCCUUCUAGAAAGCUUAUUCCACUUAAGCAUGAACAGUCGAGUAAUAGUAGCUCGACGGAUUCCGACUCAAGUCAACAUGGAACUAAUCAUUCUACCAGUGAGGUUAAACGUCGACCCAGUGAGGUUAUUCGGAAUGAACGACAAGUGAGUAAUAUGAAAUCUCAAAAACGGACGUCACAGUCACUCCAUCCAUCCAAAAGUGUGAAUAUAGAUGAAAUACCACUACCAUCUCCACCUAACAAUAUACCAAAUUGUAUGGAAGUUCAGCCGGUGGAUAGCUAUGUCAUGGAGUCGGAGUCGAAUGUGGAGUUGGACACAGUCUGUCCACAUAAUGUAGAAGUUGAUAAUGCUCAGAGCUGUCCUGGGGGUGAGUUUAUCGUCACUGUCAAUGACGUCCUUGAACCCAUCUCAGUUCCUGACUUAUUUUCUCAUGUUUCAAGUGAACCUAGUUCCAUCAACGAGUCAUCCCAGCAUUUGGAUAUGCAAGGUGUUCAAAAAAUGUGUGAGGUGACUGAUGGCAUCCAGUCACAACCUGCUAGAGACCUGGAUGUGUUAGAUAUCCAGUGCUCUGAAAUUGUUGAACACGUAGAUGGUACACCACUAACAGUUGUCAGUACACAGGACAUUAGGCCAUGCGAAUCGAAAUACGACCUGCGGAAACGGAAGACUAAGCCUCAUAUCCCGAUGUGUUUUCUGUCCAACACUCUCAAUCCGUAUGAAAGGUUAUCCGAUUAUGAUGUUGAUCUUAGCAGCAUUUUUUCUUCGUAUCCUGGGGCACCUAUUCCACAAUACACUCACUUGUUGAACAAUGACUACAGUCUUUUGAAUUCGACCCGUUCAUCGAUUCCCAGUAAGUCAACAUACUCGGGGAGUGGUAAGCUUCUUGGGGCAUCUGGAUUGCGUGCUAGUUCAUUACACUAUGAGAUGCGACAAUGGAUUUGUGAUUGCGUCGCUCCUACUCCAGUGGAACUUGAUCUAGGCAUACUUUCCUGUGGUCCUGGUUGUAUCAACCGUGCUCUGAAUAUUGAGUGCGGACCGCAUUGUGCUGCUGGUGAUUUUUGUAGUAAUCGUCAGUUCCAGAUGAGGCUUUACGCUCCGACAAGACCCUUUUAUGCGGGUAAAGACAAAGGGUGGGGACUGAUGGCAACAGAUAACGUCGAGAAAGGAUCUUUUGUAAUUGAAUAUGUGGGAGAAGUAAUUGACUUUUCUGAAUUUCGUCGACGUAUCCGGCGGUACGAACGCCUGGGUCACGCUCAUCACUACUUUAUGGCUGUGGAGUCAGAUAGAUUCAUCGAUGCUGGUAGUAAAGGCAACUGGGCAAGAUUCGUAAAUCACUCAUGCGAACCCAACUGUGUUACUCAAAAGUGGAGUGUGGAUGGUGAAAUACGCAUUGGAUUUUUUGCUAAAGAAGAUAUCCCAUCUGGUCAGGAAGUAACCAUAGAUUAUCAGUUUGUCCAGUAUGGGGUUUCUGAACAAAAGUGUUAUUGUGGUGCGUCUACCUGCUCUGGUGUAAUGGGGGCGACCAGCAAAUAUUUGCAAGAAAAAGUUCGCAUGAAAGACACUACAAUGGUUGAAAGACGCAUUCUCCAACUCCUUCAAUUAGAUUCGUUCAGAAAUGCAGACGAUAUAACUCUGUUAUUACAAGUUAUGGUUCAAGAAUGCCUUACAAGGUACACUCGACUGCAGCUUCUCAGCCGUCUGAUCAAAACAGAAAACGAUGCUUGUCUUAAACUUUUUCGACAGUAUAAUGGUCUCGAUAUGUUGGCGGCCUUUAUGUGUGAUGCAGCGCCGAAAGAUUGGGAACUCAAAAAGCAGAUAUUAGUUUGCUUGAAACACAUCCCUGUUUCAGAGCAAAAACAGGUACAGUCGAAUUCACGCCUUAUGGAAAUAGUAGCACAGUGGACUUCCAAUCCUCACCACUGUCGGGCACGUAGUAUUCCUCCCGAGUCGUGGAAGAGUGCUGAUGUACAUAUAGCAGAUACUUCAAAUGUUACUUUGGUUAGAUUUUCCACUGAUGAACUCCCUAUGGAGUCGAAUUUCGACUCUGAUGAAACAAAAUCACUUUCUAAGAGUACCAAGGACAAUGAAUCAUCUUCCAUACAAACAGGUGAUAAGAAUAGUGAUUUUGCUGCAUCACCUUCGAGUUCCGACUCAUUUAGUUCUUCCUUGAAGGAGAAUGCAUCAUGUGUGUUGCAUGCUUCGACACUCCCAGUUUACGAAGAAGGAUUUAACGCUAUCACUCAAACUUCGGAUUGUGAUAUGUCCCCCGUAACUGUUGUGGAUGAUGAUAAUGGUGAAAUUGAAAUCGGAUAUGCAGCCGACAACAACGAAAUAAAUAUGGAUACUGAAGAAUGUAAAGCUAAGACGAAUGAGGAAUGGAUAGAAGAGAUCAAGGCUUUGGCUUGUAAACUGCUUGAAAAAUGGUCUAAAUUACCGAAGGAAAACUACCGGAUACCGCGAUUGGAGCGUCAAGAGACCGAGAAAAUGCUUCAUAUAUCAAAUCCAAUUGGUUCUUCUCUUAUCUCUUGGGGAUCGGAAUACAAAGAUGAACAAGCAAUAUCCAAUAAAUCUUGGACUCACAAUAGUAACAGUAAAUUCCAGUCAAAUAAAACUCUGCGUGACAAACUGGUUUCAUCUUUCAUUCGAGAGCAGAAUGGUCCAAAAGCAUCCAACAGUUCGUCAUGUUUGUCCAAAGCUGAGAGACGUAUGCUUUUCGAAGCUCAAGUUAAAGCUAAUGAAAAUCAAUGUUCAUCUGAAAAUUCUGUUCCUACAUCGGAUGAUUUUGUGCAGACAAAUCCAUCUAAUGACGAAAAGGAUACAGAUCAUCUUCGUCAGCUAUUACUCUGUGCACUUUUAAGUGAGUGCGGUCGAAACGAUACUGCCCUUUCAAAUCUUUUAUCUAACAUAGCUGUAGAAUUGAAAAGCAUGCCUGUUGUUUCUACUUUGUUACAAGCCUUACCUCGUAUGUUGACUUUGAUGUCCAGUUCCAACGAUUCAGAUUUGGUUACGCGUCUUUGUAAAGAACUCAAACGGUAUGCUGAUGAUGACUUAAACUCAUUACCUGCGGGCUGGAGAUCAGCUGCUGACUCGAGUGGGCGACUGUAUUAUUACAAUAAAGAAACCAAUAGUGUUCAGUGGGAGAAGCCACUAAUAAAUUCCAAUGAAAAAGAUGACAAAAACACUCUUACUGAAGAGCAAUAUGGACAGAUGAAAAGACAGUUUACGCAUGAGGUUGGAAAUUACAUUUUGCGUCUUCUGAAGCCCUACAGACUACCCAAUUGUUUGACUGGUCGUAUAGACUCAAGCGAAGACUUUGUGCAUAUAACGAAAAAAGUAGGAUUACUCUUUUAUUAUCUAGUAACAUGUAUGUAUGAUAUACGUCCAUGGCUUAAAGCUGAUAUCUAAUUACUUCAUUUUCCCAUCUUCCAUAAGUUUUGCAUUUCAAAUAGCAAUGAGAAAUUGCGAAAUGUAGAAGACAAAACAUCUCAUGUAAGAAAUACAUGCAAAUGAGUUUUCCUGUAAGUAAAAUUAAGAGAGUAUACCUGUAUUUGAUGGCUCAUAGUCUUUUUCAUUUUCACUACGACUCCUCAACAACGUAAAAUUGUAUUUUUGAAAGACAGAAUUUUCUUAACAUAUUGUCCAGCUCGUCAAUACGAAUAUUCUAAACUUCCCUUCUGUACUUACGUUGGCACACAUUCAGUUCCUUCCAUGGUCAAAAUAAGUUUAUUAUAUUUUAUGUAUGUUCAUCUUGAGCUAUAUAUUUAUUGUCAAUACCGCUCAUCCAAUAAAAUUACAACGGAAUACUCAUAAACAAAUAACAACUUGAUGUACAUCAAGAAAUGCCGUCAGAUUUCUUCCAUGAGUUUAGUUUCUAUUUAGUCACUAUUCGUAUCGCUCUUCAGGAUUUCACUUAUAUAUUUGUUAUCUCAUUGUAGUUAUAGUGUCUUUAAUGUUCUGUUUACAUCUGCCCAUCUUAAAACUAAUGUUCAUUUGUGGUGAACAUGAUCUUCAAUAAAGGGAUAGUCAAAAUAUAUUGCUGGUAUCAUUGUAAUACAUCAUUCUUAAUUUGUUUUUUCGAUUUUCGUUACAUUCAUGUAAUAUUUUAGACAAUUAAAAAGAAAUUAUCUCAACUCUAUUUUCCAGCUAACUCAUUCGUUCGUAUCGAAGGAACUAAAGCGAUCAUCACUAACUUCACCACCAACUUUUUCAAAUGGACUUCAAGAACGUAUACGUUUAAGUGUUACACGGUAUAUGACUUCACGCGGGCCAGUAUAUAGGCGUAAAACGAAAAUCAAUAAUCCGAGUCAAUCGGAAAACCAGUGAAUAAUGUACACUAAUUCAUCGAUAUCUGUAUUUACAAUGGCAUGUCUUUUUAGAAGCAUCUUUGUAUAUAUUGUUUUUGCAUAUGAAAUUUAACACGUGAAUUGAAAAGAUCUGUUGAAAGUACGAUUCACGCGGACAAGCUACAUAUAAUUUUCUCAACUAAACCAGUACUUACACAACGUAUGAAGGAUAGGAUACAUACAGGGGGACUAUGUGUGUGUACCAAUUCAACUGCUCCUGUAGAGCUAGUUACAUAGGCCAUACUUAGGGUUUUAACCUUGUAUGUUCAUGAACAUGUACCAGCAUGGUUGGGAAAAGUUAUUACUAAUUCGAUUAACAGUGCCAUUCCUUCUCUCUUGGUAGUAAAUGAACAUCAUAUCAAAAUAGAGAAUACUUCCUCUAUGUUUACCUUGACCUACGACUGGAUACCUAAAAUGAAUUUUACAAACCUCUUACCCCCUUCCCAUUUUUUAAUUAGUUCUAUCUUAAUCUUCAUAUCCAUCUUCUCCAAUUCACAUGAACUCUUUUUUUCACAGUUACCUCGAUCACACCACUUUUACUUCAUAUUAUUUAUUACCAUUAUUGUGAUUGCCAUUAUCAUUAUACCUCAGUUACCAAGAUGGAAUUCUCCUAACAUGCAUUUUAUUCAUACGAUUUUCUUCAUUUAAAUUUUUACUAUAUUGUGACUUGACACCAUUCGAAAUCAUUAUGACCUUUCUAAUUUACAAGUAACACAAUUCUGUAGUAUAUAUGUCGAAACAGUUACAAACGUUCACCAUUUUUAACACACAACAUUGUCAAUUUUAUUAAUAAAUAUCAUAUUUUGGCCUUUUUAAAAUGUCCUAAUUUUGGACUUAAAACUGUAGAGCUUGGUGAUGGAGUUACAGUAAACAACUGUUCUCGUAAAUAUUCUUCAUUUUUGGCUAUUCUAUGGGGCUUUUUAAACUGCAUAUGAAAUUUUCUCGUCGUAGUAACUUUCUUGUAAACACCGUUGUUAUUUAGUGUUUGCAUAAAAUUAUUAUCAAAGAAUGGAGGGCAUGCUAAUUUUUUUUCAUCAAAGCUUCGAGAAUUCUCUUCGAUUCUGGCUUAUUUAUUUUGUCUAAAGAAAGACAUGGCACGGAAAUUCUAUUCUGGCUGUUUGUCUAUAUUUCACUAUGAAUGGACCUCUUAGUUUAUUAUUUCAUAAUUACUCUUUAAUUCUGAUCCCAUUUUAGCUCAAACUUCAGGUUAGUUUUCACUUAUAAAUUUGCAUUGAUUUAAGUAAUAACAUUUGUGAGAACCGCCAUGAGAUCAUAUGAAAAUUACUUCUCUGGUUUUGAAGUAGUUAAUCAUAGUGAUAAAAAUACAAACACUUAUCGUAGUACGUAUGAGUUUCUGGACAAUAUUCAAGAGUGUCGACUUUAAACGAGAUGGAUCAUACCAAGAUAUAAUUAUUGGUUAGAAAAAGCGUUUCAUUUGGGAAGCUAUCUAUGUAUUGGGAACGAUAAUUGGAAGUCAAUGCUUACGAAAUUUUCUGAAUAUGUUGACCACUCUUAGGAUACAAAAACAGAUCCAGACCUAAUAUAUAUUCUCCUUGCUUGUGAACCAAUGAGUAAACUUGAUUUGUUUUGUGUAUUGCGUUUUUACACCAUUCGUUGCUCUCGCAAAAUCGCGUGGGUGUUCUCUAUGCAUACAAUUCAAACCAUAUCACAAAAGCUGUGGAUAGCUAUGUCCUUUUUCCGCUACUUAGAAACUUAUAGAUUUCCAGUUGCACAAAUUUGCUAAAGAUUUAAACCUAUGGGUUUAUAACCAUGCUAGUGCUUAAAACGAGGCAUAAAAAUUUGUUUUGUUUACAUUACCUCGUCACAAGGUUACUGGAUAAUAACCUGUAUGUGCAGAAGCGAUCACAGACACGCAUCAUUUUACACCUUUUUGUCUGCAGUAAAUUAAAGAGAAUUUCGGAACUUGUUUCACGUUCGAACUGAAGACCGCUAAUGUCGAUGAGGAUUUAGGCCUUUCGCUCUCACUGAAGUGAGUAUGCAUGAUGUAUCACUACUUGGGUAUAACGGAA